AUGAGUGAAUCAAAGAACAAUGCAGUCGAUCAGUCUUCUUCAACCAUCAAGCUUUUCGGUUUCCCAGUUUAUGUUGAAAACAAAGUGGCUGAAAUUGAUUACCACAAGAGGUUAAAGUGCCAAUUUUGUCACCGGGGAUUUCUCAAUUCUCAAGCUUUGGGUGGCCAUCAAAAUGCUCACAAAAGAGAAAGACGAGUCCAUCAUCAACAAAACCAACGGCUUCUGACUUCUGGCCCUCUUAUCACUGUGCAUUCAGCUCGGUCAAGGCCGUCAAUGCAUCCGAGAUCACCCGAUCAUGCGGUUUGGUUCCGAGGUCUCGCUGCAUCAUCUUUGCCGAUGCUACUACUACCUCCAAGGGUCUCCGUGGGACAUUUCCAAGUUCAAACUGAUGUUGGCGUGGGAUCAGUACUAGAUUCAUCUUUAGCCAGAGAAGUGAAUGGAGAAGGUAAGAUCGAUCUCCGUUUGCGGCUAGCACCGUCCGGUACUACCUCGAGUCGAUUCGUCGAUCCGAUGCCCGACAAGGGAUUCAAGUAG